CUCUCUGCUUCCAAACUCUUCUUCUUCCCAUUCCUCCUCUUCUUUAUUUUUCUUCAUCUUUUUCUUCAUGAGUAAAGUGGGCGCCUUAAAACGUGUUCAAAGCCAGCAAUACUUUUCUUCGUUUUCUUCCUGUUCGUCUUCCUUCGUGAGUAAAGGUGUUAAACAUUUUCAAAGCCAGGUGAUUGACGUGUCUGCAGCAUGUCUAUAACGUGUCUGCCCCGUGUCCGAAAUAAAAAAUAUAAUAAAAAAAGAAGACAUGUUAUUUCGCGGGUCGGACACGUGUCCGGAGCAUGUCCGAACGUAUCUGUGUCCAACACAGACACUUUGUCAAAACUAAUUACAGGAAACCAUGUGUAUUGCAGCAUUUCUUUGGCAGUCUCAUCCGCUUUACUCCCUCAUUCUCCUGCACAACAGAGAUGAAUUACUCAACAGGCCUACGAGACCGGCGUCAUGGUGGGAGGAUGGUGAGAUAGCUGGAGGGAGAGACGAGGUUGCGGGUGGGACUUGGUUAGCUUGUUCAAGGAAAGGCAGGGUUUCAUUUGUUACUAAUGUGCUGGAGCUUCACACCCUUCCUGAGGCCAAAAGCCGUGGGAAUCUUCCCCUUCUUUUUCUGCAGAGCAGAAAGAGCCCAAAGGAAUUUGCAGAGGAGAUAAGGGCAGAAGCAUACCAGUAUAAUGGGUUUAACCUGGUAGUAGCUGACAUUUCUUCAAACACCAUGGUUUACAUCUCCAACAGAUCAGAAGGGGAUCGCAUUGUCAUCCAGGAGGUUCCUCCUGGUUUACAUGUGCUUUCCAAUGCAGAGCUUGAUUCCCCUUGGCAUAAGGCACAACGCCUGAGGCUAAAAUUUAACGAACAGCUUCAUAAAUGUGAUGGAGGUGAAAUACCUGUGAAAGAGAUGAUUGAGAGAUUAAUGAGGGACACAGUCAAAGCUGAUGAAAGCAAACUGCCCCACAUAUGCUCCCUUGACUGGGAGUUAGAUUUGAGCCCCAUCUUUGUCCAAAUUCAGACCUCACAGUUUUUCAACAUACGGGGAAGUUUCGGUACCAGGAGCACAACUGUCUUGACAAUAUCUGCAACGGGAAAUGUAAAAUUUUAUGAGACUUAUCUAGACAAUGAUACAUGGAAGGAAAAAACUCUGAGUUACCGCAUUGAACAAUGGAACUAGAUAGUACUGAUAACAGAAUAGAAGUCAGACUUGAAUAAGGAUUGCUGGUCAGUAGAUGUCAAAAUCAGCACAGACGAGCCAGGUUUUUUUUGGAAGAGAAACAGAUUUCAUUAAUGUAUUGAAAUAUACAAAGGCAAAUGGAGGUUACAAAAACCCUUCCAUUGGUUUAAUAUACCUUAUUAGUCCAGAAGAGGUUGUCUAGGUAAUAUGUAUGCUGAGGCAUAGAUCCAUGUGUAUUUAAAGAUGUACUAUUGAAAUCCAUGGAUGUAAUGUUGGCAUGUUGCCAAAAAAUGAUCAAUAAGAAGGCAGUAAGUAAAUUUUCCAUAUUGAAACAACACACAUGCACCCAGCCUCAGAGCCACCCAGAACAUCGUACGCAUGACAUUUUGUCCAUUGAAGCAAUCAGAAGCAUCAGUUUGAAUGUGGUAGAAAAGAGCGAACAAAGAGGUUAGCUCAUAGCUGGGAGGCUCAGAACACCAUGACAGAUCUAUUGUCGGUCCGCCAGUCUUGAUCAAAAUUCAUUUGCAAUGCUCUUGAAACAAGUCUCCUUCUAAUUAUAUAAUGAUAAGCGAAUGAUAAAAAAAAAA